GGGCAAAGGAUCAUACCCACACAAACACCGCAAACAGACUUCAGAAACAACCGACGAACAUCCGAAAACUGUCUCACUAACAUUUUUCAUUACGAUGGAGCUUUCAUACCAAUCCAUGAAAAUCGCCCAUCAAGCCCGGGAAGCGGGUGAGGAAAAUAGAUGCCUCUUCAAAAAUGUGUGGUCAAAUGAGAAACGAGGGGUGGCUCAACUUCCCAUCCAUCCAUCGUCCAUCGCUUAUCCUGUGUACAGGAUCGUGGGGGGCUGGAGCCAAUCCCAGCUUACAUCGGGCGAAAGGCGGGGUACACCCUGGACAGGAUGAGGUGAGGACUGAGAUGAAGAAGAAGAGCCUCCUCAUCCUCAUUUACCAACACCUGCUGGGGCAAGGGUACAUGGCUGCAGCAGUGGCCUUGGACCAGGAGACUAACGGAGGUGUGAGGAGGUUCGAGGUUUGUGAUAACAUCGAUCUGGAGAUGGUGCUGAUGGAGUACGAGAGUUAUCACUACGUCAAGUUCCAGAGGUAUCCCAAACUUAUCAGGAGAACAGCAGAACCAGGUGAAAACAGACGUGCAAGAAGUGUUGGAGUAAAGAGAAGUUCCUGUUCAGCUGUGAAGCCUCUUCCCAAAAUCAUCCCGUCCCCGAGGCCACAGUCCGGAAGCGGAUCCAAGAGACCAGCUGCCAGUUCACAGACAAAUGAGAUCGGCUCUUCUGUCCCUCCGGGGUCGUCAGAGUUUGGUCUCAACGUUUCCUCCAUCAGAAAUGGACCAGCUGGGGAGGCAGCCAUGAACAGAAAGGGCCAGAUGACUGACGGCAAAGGAGCUGGCAGUGACUCCGACCACAUGGAAAGGCUGCUUAAGCCCCUCAGUGGCUUUUCUGGAAUGAGCGGUGAGAUGAGACAACUGGCUGCAAUUAUCAGCAGGGACAUCUAUUUGCACAGCCCCAAUGUGCGGUGGGAGGACAUCAUUGGCCUGGAGGACGCAAAGCGAUUAGUCAAAGAGGCCGUCGUCUAUCCCAUUAAGUACCCCCAGCUGUUCACAGGCAUCCUGUCUCCGUGGAAGGGCUUGCUGCUUUAUGGCCCUCCAGGUACAGGUAAGACCCUGCUGGCCAAGGCCGUGGCUACAGAGUGUAAGACGACCUUCUUCAACAUCUCAGCCUCCAGCAUCGUCAGCAAAUGGAGAGGAGACUCUGAGAAACUGGUCAGGGUUCUAUUUGAGCUGGCCAGGUACCACGCCCCAUCCACCAUCUUCCUGGAUGAGCUGGAGUCGGUGAUGAGCCAGAGAGGAACCAGCAUGGGGGGAGAGCAUGAGGGGAGUCGCAGGAUGAAGACUGAGCUGCUGGUUCAGAUGGACGGACUGGCGAGAUCAGAGGACCUGGUGUUUGUACUGGCUGCCUCCAACCUGCCUUGGGAACUGGACCAUGCCAUGCUGAGGAGGUUAGAGAAGAGGAUUCUAGUCAGUCUUCCCACUUCGCCAGCUCGCCAGGCCAUGAUCUCUCACUGGCUGCCCCCUCUUAGCUCCACAGGAGGGGUGGAGCUACGAACUGAGCUGGACUAUGAAACGCUGGCGAAGGAGAUGGAGGGUUACUCUGGCUCUGAUAUAACACUGGUGUGUAAGGAGGCUGCCAUGAGACCAGUCCGCAAGAUCUUUGAUGCUCUGGAGUCACAUCAGGACGGAGACGAUGACAUGCCUGCCAUCCAGCUGGAAACUGUGACCACAGCUGACUUCCUGGAAGUCCUCGCGCACACCAAACCCUCGGCACGAAACCUGAUGGACAGAUACACAGCCUGGGAGAGAGAGUACGAGUCUGUCUGACACAAAGGUGCACAUUUUAACAUGAGCAUUGUUUUUGGCCCUCAAGUGAACUUUGGGGAAGAAAAACAUAAAUAAAAUACUGAAAUAAUGUGCAAAUACAACCCUCCUAAACAAGUACCUGAAAGCUUUGAUAUUCUGAGCCAGUGCUACUGUUUUUUAAAGCAGUCUUUUUGUUUAUCUGUUCAAUGAUCAUAAGUACAAUGAAAUAAUAAACAACAGUUACCAGCUGCA